AUGGGAAGAUUAUUCUUGAUCAAUCUGGAAGGAAACUUCUACAGCUGCAAACACUGCCAAACACAUUUUGCUCUUGAUGAUGACAUUAUCUCCAAGUCUUUCCAUUGCAGACAUGGGAAAGCUUAUCUUUUUGAUAAAGUUGUGAAUGUCACUGUUGGCGAGAAGGAAGAACGGAUGAUGAUCACCGGAUUGCACACUGUUGUUGACAUAUUCUGUGUUGUCUGUGGGUCCAUUGUUGGAUGGAAAUAUGAGGCUGCUCAUGAGAAGGCUCAGAAAUACAAAGAAGGAAGGUUUAUCCUUGAAAGGUUUAAGGUGUUGGGACCUGAUGGAAGCCUCUACAUGGGGCCUCAAGACGCUCAUGCUCCAGGAAGUGAUGCUGAUGAUGUUUGA